CUUGAUAAAUAUAAUGAUAAAAGAGAUGACUUACAUUCUUUCAUAAUAUGAAAGCAAAACAAAAACAUAUUUAAAAUCACGAACUUUUGGAAUCUAAAGACCUCUACAUAUGCCUUUAGUGGGUGAUUGUUGCUUUAUAUUUCCUUUAAAAGAUGCUACCGUGAUAACUGGAUUUAUCUGUGUGGGUGUAGCUCUUGUUGGAGAAGUAGCAGCGAUUUGUUCCACUUUAAAUUAUUAUACCUGGGCAGAUCCGCUCAUUCAGUCAUUGAUGAGAGUCAGUUACUUUAUGGAUAUACCUGGCAUCGUAUUCCACGCUAUCUUCCUCGUUGUGUCGAUUAUUCUUAUCCUUGGUGUUACAAAGGAUAUUAGCGCCUUGUUGAUACCGUGGUUAGGAUGGUGUCCAUUGAUGUUAGCAGCGAUCUUUAUAGAGAUUGUUUUGGUUAUCAUAAAAGACCCUUACUUCGCAGCUCCAGUGAUUUGCUUUUGCCUAAUGAUCUUUCUCUUUAUGAUCUAUGGUUCUCUGAUAGUGGUUUCUUAUUUUCGUGAGAUGACUAAAUUCGAUCCCCAUUUACGUUAUCUGACAGAUGUCAGCUCCGAAAUCCCAUCGUCCUCACAGCCCGUUAGAAGGCCCAGAUGGAUUGCCUUUUAUAAAUUUAGAAAGCCUGGAAAUAUCCCAGCUCCUUCUUUGGAUCACCAGAUGCCAGGGCCUUCUACUGCGGACAAAAGUACUUUAACCGAUUUCCCGAUCUCCGAAAAAUCUACCAUGCAAAAGGUUUUGAAGCAAGCAUAUGCGAAACUGUGGACAACCGCACAUAAGUCCCCUCAGUCUUCAUCGUCAAGAAAUAUCUUGUCAUCUUCAACUGAAACGGAAACGACUUUUAUUGAGACUCUUUCUUCGGAAUAAAGUUUAGUAUAUCCUUUCGGGCUCUUAAUGCACAAAAUAAAAUAAGAUUUUUUAUAUUA